UCUGGGUGGCGGCGGCCAGUUGCGGGGGGAGCGGCCUGUCAUGGAGGAGCGGGACGGCGCGCCGGCGGCGGCGGGCGCUUCCGCGUGAGGGCGGCUCCGGCGGCGGCCCGGGAAGAUUUCUCAGUGCUUUGUCAGGACCUCGUUCGGAGUCUCCAUGUUGUCCCGCCUCCGUGAAACUGGUCUGAGAAAAAGUACGGGACAGUCUGUUUGGGCUCUGUGUUUCCAGUAAGCUUUGGUUCCUGACCCCGAGCAAGACAGCUGUGUAUCCUUCAAGCAGCAGAGAGGUACAGACUAAAUGGAUCUAAAGACAGCAGUGUUCAAUGCAGCUCGUGAUGGCAAGCUGCGGCUCCUUUCCAAGUUACUGGCAAGCAAAACAAGGGAAGAGGUGGCCUUACUUAUGUCAGAAAAAACCAAUGGUGCCACACCACUUCUGAUGGCAGCCCGUUAUGGGCACCUUGACAUGGUGGAAUACUUGCUGGACCAUUGCUCUGCUUCAAUAGAAGUUGGUGGCUCAGUGAAUUUUGAUGGUGAGACCAUUGAGGGAGCCCCGCCAUUAUGGGCAGCAUCAGCUGCUGGUCACUUAAAGGUGGUUCAGUGUCUGUUAGAUCACGGUGCGUCUGUCAACAACACAACCCUGACAAAUUCAACGCCACUUAGAGCUGCUUGUUUCGAUGGUCACCUGGAAAUAGUAAAAUACCUCGUGGAGCACAAAGCCGACUUGGAAGUAUCAAACCGUCAUGGGCAUACGUGCUUGAUGAUCUCCUGUUACAAGGGCCACAAAGAAAUUGCUCAGUAUUUACUUGAAAAAGGAGCAGAUGUUAACAGAAAAAGUGUUAAAGGAAACACCGCAUUACAUGACUGUGCAGAAUCUGGAAGUUUGGAGAUCAUGAAGAUGCUUCUCAAGUAUUGUGCUAAGAUGGAAAAGGACGGCUAUGGAAUGACUCCCCUUCUCUCAGCCAGUGUGACUGGCCACACAAAUAUUGUGGACUUUCUGACACAGCAUGUACAGACCAGUAAGACAGAGCGCAUAAAUGCCCUAGAACUUCUAGGAGCAACAUUUGUGGACAAAAAGAGAGAUCUGCUUGGUGCUUUAAAAUACUGGAAACGAGCUAUGGAGAUGAGAUACAGUGACAGGACUAAUAUCCUAAGCAAGCCUGUGCCACAAACACUAAUUAUGGCCUACGAUUAUGCUAAAGAGGUAAACAGCUCAGAAGAGCUAGAAAACCUUAUUGCAGACCCUGAUGAGAUGCGAAUGCAAGCACUAUUAAUUAGAGAACGUAUUCUUGGUCCUUCACACCCAGAUACAUCCUACUAUAUUAGGUACAGAGGUGCUGUCUAUGCAGACUCUGGAAACUUCAAGCGAUGCAUCAACUUAUGGAAAUAUGCUUUGGACAUGCAGCAGAGCAAUCUAGAUCCACUGAGCCCUAUGACAGCCAGCAGUUUACUGUCAUUUGCUGAACUCUUCUCCUUCAUGCUGCAGGAUAGGGCAAAAGGCCUGCUAGGCACUACUGUUACAUUUGAUGAUCUCAUGGGUAUACUGUGCAAAAGUGUCCUCGAAAUAGAACGGGCUAUGAAACAAACUCAAUGUCCUCCAGACCCAAUGCAGCUGAACAAAGCCCUUUCCAUCAUUUUGCAUUUAAUUUGCUUGUUGGAAAAAGUACCUUGCAGCUCAGAACAAGAACAUUUUAAGAAACAGACUAUUUACAAGUUUCUUAAGCUUCAGCCGAGAGGGAAGAAUAACUUCAGUCCGCUUCACCUUGCUGUUGACAAGAAUACUACGUGUGUGGGGCGCUACCCAGUUUGUAAAUUCCCCUCUCUGCAAGUUACUGCUAUACUGGUGGAAUGUGGUGCUGAUGUAAACGUCAGAGACUCUGAUAACAACAGUCCUUUACACAUUGCUGCACUGAACAACCAUCCAGACAUCAUGAAUCUUCUUAUCAAGUCGGGUUCACACUUUGAUGCCACAAACUCGCAUAAACAAACUGCCAGUGAUUUGCUGGAUGAGAAGGAAAUAGCAAAAAAUUUGAUCCAGCCCAUAAAUCAUACUACAUUGCAGUGUCUUGCUGCUCGUGUUAUAGUGAAUCAUAACAUAUGCUACACAGGACACAUCCCUGAAAAAUUGGAGAACUUUGUUUUGCUCCACAGAUGAUAGUGUGGAGUCCCAGAGUACUGUUGUUGAAGCACGACUUGGUGACAAUGUUUUUCUUGAGCACUGUUGUGAUACACCAGCGUUCCCUUAGCUUGCUCCAUCUUGCUCUCAUUGGCUAAAGCGUUGUUAGCAUCAGAUUUACAGAGUUGGUUACCCAGUAUUUAAUAUGAAUAUGCCAUAUAAUAUAUUUUGUGGAUUAUUUAGAAAUGUAAUGCCAUAUUUAGACUCUUAAAAUUGUCUGCCAAAGGCUUGUCUAUUCUAGUCUUAUUUGCCUGUUGGGUGUUUGGGACUGAGUUGAAUAUUUUCCACUGAUGUCUUUUUACUAUAACUGUUGUGUGGAUUUUAUACAGUUGGAAGGUCAUCAUUUUUGGUUUUGCUUGAGCAUUUCUACUCUUACUCUAUUCUUUUUCUAUGGACUCAUUGCUAAACUGUAAAAGUUGUAUGGACUUGUUAACAUUUGCAACUACCAUAAGUGCUUUUAUCUUCUCUAUGCACUGGCUUAAACAUGACUGUUGUGUGUGAGCAUAUUUCUAUGCAGCAGUUGGCCAAUUUCAACUUCAAUGCCAAUUUUGUUUUGCAGUUUGUUUGGAGCUCUUUUUGAGAAUGCUGCCUUCAUAGCAUGACAAAUUUUGGAGCUACACAUCAGCUCUCCAAACUUGGGUUUGACUUUUUUAUUCUAGCUGUAACUGAGGUCGCUUUCCUUUUGAUCCUCUGGAAAUUUGUGCUAAAUUUGGGAGAAGAAAUUCUCUCUUUUUCUCACGGUAAUCCACUUGAACUUUAAAUCUGAGAAUCGUUCUAUUGUAUCAUGCAGCUAGGGGAAGAGUCCUCAUCAUGUACAAUUGACACCUUCCUCUUUGCACUAAUGUCUUGCUUGUGCUGGUUAUGUGACUAGAUGUGAACUUUGAGCAAAGUUUAACCUCAAACUUAAUGAUACACUUUAAUGAGAAAUAGAUCAAAUGUAUACUGUAGUUUAAAUUUAAAAUCAACUUCUUUAGCUACAAAAGAAACUAAAGCAUGUUGGUGGCAUGACGCUUAUCAGUCCAGAUCUAGACCUCAUCUAGUAUAAUUAUAAUGUAGUGAGUGGCUGUAUGCCAGGAUAUUGGAAGUUCGAUAGCUGUGUCCCUUUUCCUUCAUUUAAAAUAUCUUUAUAAAUACUUGCAUGGAUUUUUUUCAUCUCUACUAUCUGUCAGCUGUACUUAAAGAAAAAGCAGAAGUUCUGUUGUGUAUAUAGCUCCUGAUUAAAGUUACCUAUUUUUAUAAUAUUUGCACAACAGCUUAGCUUUUACAACAGAAAGGGCUCUUUUGACUUGAUAAGAAAUCUAUAAAUGAAGAUCAUAAAUGAGAGUGAGAUUCAGGUAAUUAAUAUAAUUCAGCACUUUACUGUUGAUUAAUAGUAGAAUUUAUUAUGGCACAUUAGCCCUGCAGAUGUCUUAAAGUGAAAUUCAUUUCUGUUGAGUAGAAUACAGUUUGCCUGGACGUUUAGUAGUCUAGCGUAUUGGAUAUCAUUGACCUGAUGUUUCAUUUCAGUGAUGGGCAGUAGAUGUACCUAUGGAUUUCUUGCUCCAGAAAUUCACACAAGUUGAUGCAGACUUUUUUUCUGAGACAGAGAUACUUAAAAGCCAAAUGAAUUAGACAAAGGAAACAUUGAUUUAGGAGGGUCUUCUCUCUCUCUUUUUUUUUUGGUUUAAUUUCCUGUUGGAGUAUUUUUGUCUUUUGUGGAUGAGGUUGAGGAAGAAUAUGUCUUGAGAGCGUAUAAGAAUAGUUCUUCCUUGCUUCUUGGCUGUUUCAGGUUUCCUUGUAGUGUACAGUGUGGAGCCAACUAGUUACCCAUCCUUGGGAAAAACACUGGGAUGCUUUUAAACAACGAUAUGUUGAAAGCAGUGCUGUUUGUGUAUUGCUACUUUCAAACUCUGUAUUUUGAAGCAACUUUCACCUGUUUGUCCCAUGGCAUACUUACAUUGUUUGUAUGAAAUUCUGAGUAUGAGGAAAUCCUGUUUCUCUUGCGAAUAUGCAGCAGUAAAUUUCUUUUCAAUUGGCUGAAUUUCUCUGAUUUGCAAUGAUUAAAAUACGUGCCACCCAA